AUGCCUAAAAAGGCGGCGGUGAAGUACCGGUCGCUACGGUCCAACCUGGUCCACCUCCCUCUGAGCCUUUUUGCCAGUCUAGCUCAACAGCAAGCUCGACCUCAAGGUUUGAUACUCCACCUCACACCGCUGAUAUCCCCCUCCUCGUCUUCCCGACCUGCCAGAGCGGCAUACCUUGGAUGGUCGGGCUUGGCAGCUGCCAGCUCUUUGGCAAGUAUAGGCGGCGGCGAGGCAGAGACAGUAGAAGUGGAUCCUGAAGUGGCUAUAGCGCUCGGAUGGGCUGAGGGGACGAUUGUCGAGAUUUCCAUCAUACACAAUCCCGUCCGAGCCAAGUCAGUCAGCGUUACCCCUCUGACUUCGGACGACUGGGAGAUACUGGAACAACAUGCUAGCUUCCUCGAGAAUAACCUCUUGUCCCAGUUGAGAGCGGCGCAGGCGGGUCAGGUUAUUGAUGCUUGGGUCGCAGGCAAGAGCAAGAUCCGGAUAAGGGUCGACCAGACCAAUCCCUCGACAUCAGCGAGCUCGGCGGUGCUCGUCAAUCCAGAUACCAAAAUCUACGUUGCGCCACGACCCCGCUCGUCCUCAUCCAAGACCCCGUCAGAGACGGUCAUCACCCCCGCACAAACUGUAGCAGGUUCAAAGGGGAAAGAAAAGGGCAAGGAGAAGGCCGUAGAGGUCCGAGUGGUGCCUCAGCGGAUAGCGGCGCAAUGGGGACAACCGCCAGCGGGGAAGGGCGAUCCAGAGGUGGUCGGGUGGGUGUGCUCGGACACGCUGGAAACAGCGGGAAAGAAGCUAGGCGUCAAGGGAGACUUUCUGCCUGUGCGGAUGCAGCGACGAAAGCGGGACGCCGGGGCGCAAGGGGAGCUGAAUGCGGUUGACGUCGCGAAAGAUGGGGAUCAAGCUGGAGGACAAGCGGAGAAUGGGGAUGGACCGGUAUAUCUCUGGCUGGGGGAGUGGGAGGGUGUACCGGAGGGCUGUGUGGUUCUGCAGGGGGCGGAGAAGUGGGAGAAUGACUGGGCUUGUGUUGAUCUGUAUGUCGGGUCGCAGAAGCGGAAAGGCACGAAAAGCUCCACGGCGAAGCAUAGACCACUAACCUCACCUUCACUCAUGCCCCCCUUGGCGGGUAUCUCGACUCUGCUCGAUGACGCGCUCCGCUUUUUCCGCCUGCAGGACGGCUCAGCUUGUCGACCGCUACUGCUAACUGGCGGAAAGGGGUCGGGCAAGACCAGCCUAGCGAGGCGGAUCGCCAGCUAUUUGGAGCAAGACGUGGCUGUCAUGGCUGAGGAAAUCUACAUCGACGUCGCUCGUCUAGACGCCGAACGGCGAGUGGACAAGGUCAAGGAAGAAAUCAACAGCUGGCUGGAGCAGGCGAAGGGCAAGACGCCGUGUUUGCUGGUUCUUGACGGUCUUGACUCUUUGAUCGGGCCGGAGAAUGAGUUAUCGUCCUCGUCAGAUCCCCAAAUCCUCGCCGAGCAUUUCUGCCGCCUCAUCAAAGACAUCCCGCCGGGCAUUCUCGUACUCGUCACAGCUGUCGCUGCGUCCAGUCUCCACCCCCUUCUGAAUAGCAAGCACGUCUUUGGCGAUGCCCUCAAGAUCUCACCACCGACCAAAGAAGUCCGACAAGAGGUGCGUGCGCAUCCGAGCUUGGCUGACGGAAGAUGCUCAGCGGAAUCAGGAGAAUCAGCUCUUGACUUUGUCACUCUGGGUUCCAUGACGGAGGGGUAUUCGGCGGCGGACUUGAUUGAUCUGGUGGGGAGCGCGACGCAGCAGGCGAUGAUACGAAGUGCAAGGAGUGGGGACAGUCAGCAGAGCAUCCGUCUGCAGGACUUCGUCGACGCCCAGAUUGCCUUCACACCUCUCAGUCUGCGCGGCGUCAGCUUGCAGAAGUCGGACGUCAAGUGGAGUGAUAUUGGUGCAGGGCUGACUGAGACUCGCCGAGUUUUGCGCGAAACCCUCGAAUGGCCGACAAAGUACGCAAGAAUAUUCGCCAACUGCCCUCUCCGCCUCCGAUCCGGUCUCCUCCUCUACGGCUACCCCGGAUGCGGCAAGACUCUCCUCGCUUCCGCAGUCGCGAAAGAGUGCGGCCUCAACUUCAUCUCGGUCAAGGGUCCGGAAAUCCUCAACAAGUAUAUCGGUGCGUCGGAGAAAUCUGUACGGGACCUGUUCGAGCGGGCGACGGCUGCAAAGCCGUGUGUGCUGUUCUUUGAUGAGUUUGAUUCAAUUGCGCCAAAACGUGGACAUGAUUCGACGGGAGUUACGGAUCGGGUCGUCAAUCAGAUGCUGACGGAGAUGGAUGGUGCGCAGGGUCUUGAAGGGGUGUAUGUGCUCGCAGCUACGAGCCGGCCUGACCUGAUUGAUCCGGCGUUACUCAGACCGGGGAGAUUGGACAAGUCUCUGUUGUGCGAUAUGCCAGACCAGGCGGAACGGCUUGACAUCCUGGUUGCUUUGUCUCGGAAGAUGGAAGUUGCCGCAACAGUCGAUAUGGAGGCGAUCUCGUUCGACACCGACGGCUUCUCCGGCGCGGACCUUCAAGCCAUGAUGUAUAAUGCUCAUCUGGAGGUGAUUCAUGCUCAGAUCGACGGGGCGGCGGGGGCGAAGGGCAGGGGUCAAGCGAAUGGGUCCAGUGGGGAUGGAGGGAAGGGUAAGGGGAAAGAAAAGGGCAAAGGCAAAGGCAAGGGGAAGGGGAAGGCGGUCGAUGGGGAGGCUGGCGAGACUAUCACCACGAUCAUCAAGAAUAGCUCUUCUGUUCAAGUCGACACAGACUCAGGACACCUCCAUACUGCCACUGCCGCUAAACCGGUCAUUGAGCAAGUCCAUCUUCUUCGGUCGCUGGCCAAUACUCGACCAUCGGUGCCCCUCAAGGAAAAAGCCAAGCUGCAACAUAUCUAUAGAGCCUUCAUGUCUGACCGAGAUGGAAAGAUGGCGAAUGGAGACACGGGAAGAGAUACAGGGACUAGAGUAUCAUUGCAAUAA